AUGGCGAAUUCCCAAGUCUGUCUUGCUGAUUUGAAAGCAGGACGCUGCUCCAACGUUGCGGAGGUCCAGAGGGAAGCAAGAAAUGUGAGGAAAGGAGGUGAAUUGACGAGUGUUGACAUGCUCUUUGUCGAUGAGAAUUUCAAGGAAAGGUUUGCUUGUGUCCUACCCGCAUUCAGCUUUUACCAACGUAAUGCGGUGAACAAGAUUAAAUGGAUUUGUCCUACUGCUCCUACACGUCCAGUUUCUCGCUUGGGUGGAGCGGUAACCACUGCUUGGUGCGACGUCACACAAGUUUCUGAAAACAUGGAACAUGAUUUGGCUUCUAUCAAUACUACAUGUGUGUUAGUGGCUAACCUUUUGGCUGGUGAACCUGCUCAUGUCAUGAAAGGAGUAGGAGGUAUCGGCCUGGGUGCAGCGCAAGCUCUCUACUUUGCGAGUUGUUAUGUGGUUGGAGGUAUGCGCGAUAUGGGCCUAAACGCUGUUGUAGGGAUCAACGGCUGGCUACCUGCCUGGACGUAAAUAUUUCUACUUACACAUUAUUCCAUUUUUUUUAUAUUUCUUGAAACUAAGUUAAAUACCAUUUAAACAUGGAAACUUAAAUCAACCUUGCAGAAACUUCCUGUACCAUAUUGAUUCCCUCACUGUGUCUGGAACUCUUGCUGCAUCGUUACCAAUCUUACUUACAAAUGAAAAUUGUAUGUGUAACAAGUUAUAUUAUCAUCCAUUGAGA